UCUUUGUGCUGCUGUUUUUCUUUGCAGGCCUGCAAGAUGGAUCUCUUAACAUUUCCCAGAUAUAAUCCCAAUGACAUCAUAACUUACAUCCGCAAUCAGAUCCUCACAGGAUCGGAAGCUAAAAACCUCUCUAAAAAUGACUUGUUUCCAAAUCCCAAGCCUGAGGUAUUGCACAUGAUCUUCAUGAGAAUCUUGCAGAAUGUGUAUGGAAUCCGUCUGGAGCACUUCUAUAUGAUGCCGGUCACUGUUGACAUCAUAUAUCCACAGAUUGUUGAAGGCUUCCUACCUAUUUGUAACUUGUAUAUUAAUAUGGAGCGUUUCCUUCCAGUCUGCCGUGUUAAUGACUUCCAGAUUGCUGAUGUCAUAAAUCCGAAAGUAAAACGGACAGCUCGUUUCUUGAGUGGCAUUAUUAAUUUUAUUCACUUCCGAGAAUCACGCCGAGAGAUCUACAUGGAAUUCCAGUGGACUUAUAAAUCAGCCAUGGAAAAAAUACAGCAACUGCAGACAGCAAAUCAGGAGGCAGCAGUGAAGCUAGAGAAACUUGACACAAUUCCAGUAGAGCAGCAAGCAGAGUUCAAGCAGCUGUCUGAUGAUAUUCAAGAACUGCAGCAAGUACUAAACCAGGACUAUCGUCGAAAAACGACAGCGUUGCAAGAAGUGACUUCCCAAAAGAAAGCAGAAGUCGCAGAGAGAACCCGAAGUCUGAACCAGCUAAAAGUGACAAUGGCUACUUUGAAAGAAGAACAAGAGGAACUGAAAUCAAAAAUUGUAGAGUCUCCAGAGGAACUGAAGAAUUACAAAGAACAUAUGAAGGAGACUGUCCAAAGACUCAAGAAAACCAAGCAAGAAAUAAUUGAGAAGUAUGAAAGUUAUCGAGACCUAGUUGAGAUCCUGCCAUCAUGUCAACUGGAGGUGCAAUUAUACCAAAAGAAAAUGCAAAGCCAAGGAGCAAAUGUGGAGAAGAUGGCCAAUAUCUCAGCAGAGGUCAGAAAUCUUGAGGACCAGAUUGAGAGUGCCCAGUUAGAGAUGAAGAACGCCACAACAGAUGAGAUGUCCUUAAAGAGAUUGGUCUGCGCUAAGCGGGAGAAGCUGUCUACCGCUGAAAUAAGGAUUAAUAAGAAACAUGAGGACGUUGACCAGUAUAAGCGCACAGUAUUUGAGUAUUGUAAUAGAGUUCAGGAGAAGAGAGGGGCCGUCUAUGAGAAGGUGACAGCGAUUCACAAGGAAAUCCAGCAAGUAAGGUUCAAAGUCCAGCAGCUGAACGAGAACACUGAAAAGGAAAAAAUGAAAGCACAGGAGAUCUAUCUUAACCUGAGGGCUGGCUUGGAGAAAUAUCAUGAAGCUCUGGCAAAGAUAGCAGAGAGAUAUGCAGCCUCACGAGAUGAAAAAACUGCUGAACUAAAGAGGAGAAUGCUUUGAGUUUAGAUAUCCUGAACUAGCUGUUUCAUUUGGCUUCUGCUUAUUGUAUUUAUCCUCCUGUUUGGAUGUAAAAUAUUGCAUUUUAUGUGGGAAGCUUCUUCUAAAAACAUCUCAGAACACAUUUAAUAUUAUAUACAGUCUCUGGUACUGUCAACUGAUUAACCUUGGUAAAAAUAGACUUGGAAAUCCUGUCUGCAUUAUCUAUCUCAGUUUUGAUUCUUCAAGUGGUAAGUUUACCAAUUUAUUUUGCUUAACCUCACACUAUUUUAUGUAUCUUUGGCUUUUAGAGUAACUACAGUUUUUGCAGAAACUACACCUAGGAUAUUAGUUUGGAGUAGCUUUGGUUUGAAUGGAGUAUCUUCUUAGAUCUUGGUUUUAGUAUUUUCCAGGUAUAUCAAACACAGUCUGACUUACCUAAAUAUCCAUCUGAUUUUGGAACAAGUAUUACUGAGAUUGUCAUGAUGGGAGAGUGGAUUCUUAUAGAAACUCAGCAUUGGUCUGCCCCAACGUCCAGCAAUAAAGAAGUCCUCAAGACGAAAGAGUCCUAUCUGGGGAGCUACAUAACUUCAGUUGGUGUUGCUCUGUCUGUUUCUGGAAACUUGAAUACAUGGUCUCUACUUGGUGUAGUUUUGACCACCCAUUUGUGUUUGUAGAGGAUAAGUCUGUGUUUGGGCAGACAACUGCAUUAAAAAUAAACUGACAUGGACUGGA